AUGGUAUUAAACCGUAGAGUUGAAAAAACAUUUAAUGUAUUCAAAGAUGCAUUUUUAAAAGUGUGCGGUGGACGAGUUUUAAGGUUAUUCCAUUCGCAAGAACUAAUGGCUGUUGUUGUGGGCAAUCAAGACUACAAUUGGAUUGAGUGGGAGAAUAAUGCUGAAUAUAAAAAUGGUUACAAUAAAGACGACGAGACAAUAAAAAUGUUUUGGGAAGUAUUUCACGAGUUUAACAUUGAUGACAAAAAAGAGUUUUUGCUAUUUCUUACAGGAAGCGAUCGUGUACCCAUUAUGGGAAUGAAAGCAAUAAAAGUAAAUUUUAUCCAGCCCACCCUAGAUGAUAACUUCUUGCCUGUGGCACACACAUGUUUCAAUCUUUUAGAUUUACCGAAGUAUAAAUCCAAAGGAAAACUGAAGUAUAAGCUGACUCAAGCCAUUCACCAGACACAAGGAUUUUCUCUGGUCUAA